AUGUCGAGUGAUGAUAAAAAUAAACCUAGUGAACCCAAGAAUGAGCCCAAGCACUGUGACCCCAGGUGUGAACAAAAGUGUGAGACUAAAUGCCAGCCCAGCUGUUUAAAGAGGCUGCUGCAACGGUGCACUGAAAAGUGCCCACGAGAAAAGUGCCCAGCACCACCAAAGUGCCCCCCGUGCCCCCCGUGCCCCCCGCCCUGCCCCCCGCCCUGCCCCCUGCCGUGCCACCCGCCAUGCCCUCCGCCGUCAUGCCCGUGCCCAGCUUCCUCUCCCCCCAAGCCAUGUGCCAAGCCCUGUCCUCCUAAAUGCCCGCCGCCCUGCCCUCCCCCAGAGUGA